AUGAGAGGCAAACAUAAGUUUUUAAAACAUUGCCCGAAAUCCAGGGAAGAGAAAAGGGAGAACAUAAGUUACAGCGUCUAUGCCAGCGAAUGCAUGCUCCUACCAGGCUUUAUAGAGCAAUCGGUCACACUCGAUAUUGGUAUUCAUGAAGGGCGAACGAGAUUCUUGAGAUACUCAAUCACAUACGAAGUAGAACCAGAUACACACAGUAGAUCCGGUCAUAAAGAUAACGAACAUGAGAUUGUCUAUGGAGGUAACUCACAGGCACAUCGACUCGGCAAGACUAAACCGGGUAAAAUGAGAACUUUCUUGAAAACACUUGAGAAGCUACAUGGAGAGACUCAGCAGACUAUAGAAAAUAAUUACUACCGCUACAAAAAGCUCGACUACAUAAGCGCGAUCCUCAAAGCAGCAUUGAGAAAAGGCAGUCUGCUGGUUCAUCAGCACAAACUAGAACUUCUCGAACGUUCCCGUGAUGCUCACCAGUCUCGAUUCAUAAAACCCGACGUCAGAUUGACUGAACGCCAAAGAACGGACAAGGAAAAAAGACAUGAGAGGCGGGAGGUCAGAAGAGACAAAACUUUUGGCCGAAUUAACGAGUCUAGAGUUGCGAGAGGCUUUGGUAUACAACUAAGCAAUAAUGAGAAAAGACGUCACAAAAGACAUGAGCGAAUGAGACGUCCCUCACACAGCGAUGCUGGAUCCACUGGCUCCUGGGAAACUGUCUCAAAUGCCGAUUUUUCUCCUGGUCCUUCUCGUGGAAGACGACACCGUGGCUCUUCCCUUUCCUAUGACGGACACUCUAGUAGAUACGACGAAGACGAUUCAUCGUCAUCAGACGACGACGACACCAAAUCCCAUGCAUCUACCGUAUUUUCAAAACCAAGCCGCUCCUCAAGCUCUGGCUCCGGUUCUUCUAGAAGCUCUAUCUCUUCUUCUUCUAGAUCUGGCCGAUCGAAAUCGGAAUACGGAUCGCGGUAUAGAAGUAGCAAUAGUGCUUACGAGACCAAUGAGCAGCUUCGAGAACCACCUAGAUAUCCGCCUGAUUUUAAACAUGGCUAUGGAAGUAUACCGCCCCAGGAUUUACCUUAUCCUAAUGAAACGUAUCCGGGAAGAAAUCAGCCUUAUUAUCCUCAUGAUUAUACGGCAAGUUAUGCGUAUUCGAGAUCGUAG